CAUCUUUUUACAACAUCAGUCUCAUCAUUUUCUCACUGAUUUUCUCCUUUUUUGUUAAAAAGAUAAACCAACUUGUUCCCUUUUUCAGUUCGCUUUCACCUCAGUCGCAACAAUUUUGCCCAUCAAUCAGAGUCUUGUGUAUCCAUUUAGUGUGAAAGUUGAUCUUAUUUUAAUUCUUAGCCAAUCAUUUCAAUUGUUUUAUUAAAUUUAAUUCUAAUAUAAAAACAUUUUUAAACAUGAAAUUCGUUCUGAUCACCGCCAUACUCUGUUAUCUUCAAACAUCUUCACUGGCUCAACGUUUUGUUUCUGGUCCUUGUCCAGUGAUUGAUCCUCCUGAAAACUUUCAAAAACAAAAGUUCUUCGGUCAUUGGAUUGAAACUGAAAAGACUCCUUCAAUGUUUGACCUGAUGAUGAGAUGUAUGACUGUUGAAUAUUCCGAUGACAAAGAUGGCUCCAUUGAUGUAGCUGUUAAAGGAGUUUCACUUGGUGGUAUUCCUGUUUCGAUUUCUGGUGAUGGUUUGAUUCAAGAUAUUAAUCGAGCUGGUUUCUAUAAUGUGAGAUAUGGAUUAGGAAUGCCGAUGCAAGGUACUCAAGUAACAGUUGUUGAUACUGAUUACAAUGAAUAUGCCUUAAUCUAUUCAUGUACAAACAGUUUGCUCAGCGGAUUAUUUCACUCUGAGUAUAUUUGGCUUUUAUCUCGUGACGGAUCUUUAAGUAAUCCAACCCGUCAGAAUAUUUAUGAAAAAUUGGAUAACCUGAAAAUCAACCGAUCAGGUUUACAGUUAAGCGAUAGGACUGGUUGCCCAUCUAAUGUAACGAGAGAAGGUGAUGCUGAUUUGGCUGCAGUUCAAACCACCCAGCUUCCAAUUGUCCAAUAAAGCUAGAUGAGGUGAUGCUUUAAACUUGAUAUAAUCAUAAUUUAAUGUCUUCAUCCUAUUUGCAACUAUUUAAAUCAUCGAGACCAUAUUCAUUUUCCGCAUCAACAUCUUCAAUCUAAAUUAUUCUCACCUACUUUUUUUCGCCCUUUCGUUUUGUUCUGCUUAUCCAACAUCAGUAAAGUGCGAUUUUAUUUCACUAAUCGAGGUGAAUAUAAUAUUUGAAUACUUGAACUAUCCAGGCUAAAGAAUCAACAAACACUAUCAAUCUUGAUCUUUAACCUUUCUCUCUUGCUUUCAUUAAUUGAUAAGUACAAGUUGAGAUAAAGGUUGAGAGUUUGUCCAUCUCUCUUGUCUCUCUUUCUCCCCCAGGAUCAGGACAGUCUAACUGUUAAUUUAGGUUAAACUGGUUAUUACUGGACUUGUAACAUCCAAUUUUAUUUCUUAUAAACCUUUCCGCAUUAAUACCCUUUCAUCGACCAUUUAUCCAUCCUGGAAUGAAACACACCACCGUUACUUCAUCUAAAUACAAUUUUAUCCAUUUUUACUUAAUUUAUAAAACUAAAUUAAAUUUUUCUAUUAUUUAUAAAAAAAA